GCGAACAUUAAACGGCCUUUCUUCCUGUGUUUACCUCUCCGUGUUUAGCUGCUUUUUAUUCGUCUAAUGGCGGUUUUGCAAAUGUUUUCGGUUAUUUUAGUAACUGCUGCUUGUUUUGGUGAAAGUGUUGCUAAUUUAAAUGGGUCUGGGAUUGAUUUCUACUCGUUCAGGAAGAAGUUUCACCGUUUGUAUGAAGUCAACAGUGAGGAAUUUAGCCGUCGUCAAAUCAAUUUUCAGAAUGCUGCAGUGCGACAUCUAUACCUGAACUCAUUUUCCAGGCAGACACAGUCUGCUACAUAUGGCAUUAACCAGUUCUCUGACCUUUCACAGAUGGAAUUUAAGGAUGUUUACCUUCGAGCAGAAAGCAGCAGCGCUCCUGGCUUCGUUGGAUCGACCAGAGCGGGGCUCCCGGCCAAAUAUGACUGGAGGGAUAAAGGAGUGGUGGCACCGGUCCAGAACCAAUUAGCGUGUGGGAGUUGCUGGGCGUUUAGCACAGUUGGUGCUAUACAGGCCGUUCAUGCUAUGGGAGGCUCGCAGCUGGAGCAGCUCAGUGUGCAGCAAGUUGUCGACUGCUCCUAUAAAAAUGAGGGCUGCAACGGAGGCUCGCCCUCCCACGCUCUCGCUUGGUUAAAACAGACCAGAGUGAAGCUGGUGAGUCACUCAGACUAUCCAUACAAGGCCAAAACCGGAAUGUGCCAUUUCUUCUCCCCAACACAUGAGGGUGUUGCUGUGAGGAACUUUUCCCUGCAUAGCUUCAGUGGUCAAGAGGAGGCAAUGAUGGGUCAGCUGGUGCAGUUUGGUCCUUUGGCUGCCAUCGUGGAUGCUGUCAGUUGGCAGGAUUACCUGGGAGGUAUUAUCCAGCACCACUGCUCCAGCCAAUGGUCCAACCAUGCUGUCCUGGUUGUUGGAUACGACACGACUGGAGAAAUACCUUACUGGAUUGUACAGAACUCCUGGGGAACGACAUGGGGAGAUCAGGGUUACGUUUAUGUAAAAAUCGGUAGCAACAUCUGUGGUAUCGCAGAUUCUGUGGCAGCUGUUUUUCUUUGAUGACAGUUUAUAUUUGAGUCAGAUGGGUUUGUGUGAGUCACUGCAUGCGGCUGCUUCCCGUUGCCAAAAUGAAAUAAGUCAUCUGCUCGUCUUCAGUGUCACUGUGGAUAAUGCUUUUAUUGAAAUGUAGCCAUCUUGUGUCACAAAAACAAAUAAAUCUCCUCAUAUGUUUGCAACUGUUGGAUUAUAACAACAAACUGUGACACAAUAAAAGUAUUUUCACUAUGCAAAAUACAUGCAGCUUAUUAAAUACAAAACAUACAUUAGAGCUCAUAAUUCUUCUAUACAAAUAUAUAAUGAAUUAGUAGAUAAAUACAUUACAAAAUUAUGCAAAUACUAUACAAAACACAUCUGAAAGAGCUACAUCAUUAGGAUUAUGUAAUAAUUCAUGGCUUCUCUUUGAUAUCAUCAUAUUUAAGCAGUGCAAAUCUUCCUGCUUUAGACAUUGACAUUUUUAUGCUUGAGAUUUCAUCUUAUUUACACUUUGUUUCACUGAAGGUGCAUCUCGGUUUGUCUGUAGCGGCGCACUGUGACAUGCUGACAUGAAAGGCGUUCUGUAAAACCCGGCAGCGUUGUCCCUCUGCGUAAGGUUUGAUCAUUCCACCCACUGAUCCGCUUGCCUCCAGGUCAGUUCUUCUUCAUUUAUAUAACAGUUACUGAGGGAACAUCUGAGCAGGUCUAAUCAAGGAGCCGUCUGCCGCACUGUGACUCUGAGACAAGAUUAAAGUAAAAUAGCUUGAUUCGGUAUCGUGAAAUAUUUAAUGUCAGACAUUAUGUCACAAGCUCUACGACUCGUUUUAUUUUUGUGGU